AUGCACCGAGAGCGAUUUGUAACGAUGGCGAUUUUCGUAAUGCUUGCUAGUGUAGCCCAGCAAGUGAUGUGCUAUGACGAGAAAUAUGACAAGAUGGAAGUGGACAAGAUAAUUGCGAAUGACGAAUUGUUUAAUAGUUACCUUAAUUGCUGGCUGGACAAGGGACCCUGCGACAAGGAGAACGCCGCUGAAAUGAAAACAUUAAUGCCAGAAGUCAUAUCUACAGCUUGCGGAAAGUGCACGCCUGUGCAAAAGAAGAACAUAAAAAAGUUGAUACAAGGUCUCACUACGAAACAAAGAGCGCAUCAAUUGAAAGAACUGAUGUUGAAAUACGACCCGAAACGAGAAUAUUUCGCAAACUUCGCAAAAUUUUUGCUAGGCCCUGAAUAAGUGAUCAAAGGCAUUUCCCGACUGGGCCGUAACUAGGGAGUUGCUCAACUUCAAAGUACCAUUGCUUUAGCUUAAAACGGAGCGGCAGACUGCGAAGGGUAAAACGCCCCUGCUUUUGCCCUACUUGUACAUAAUUACCGCUGCCUUCUGCUUCUGCUGCUGUAUCUUAAAUGCAACUCUGGUUAUAGCCCUACUUUCCCAAUUUUCUUUUCUUUUUUAUUACCUUUGUUUUUGUAAUAUGUAAUUUUAUAUUUUUUAUUUAUAUCAUUAUUAAUGAAAUUUAAAAUUAUAUUUCAAAGGCACUGUGCUUUUUACCACUAACCAGUACAAUGUAAUAAUAUUUUUAUUAGUAGGUUAUUGUUACCUGCGUGUAUGUAAAAAAAUAAAAAUACUAAAACCGUUCAUGUUUUUUUAAUUAUUUCCUGUACAUAUUGGAAGCUGUUUUGAAAAAUAGGGUUUUAAUUAAUAAUAACGUAAAUC